AUGACUGUCCUGCAGGAUACGUUGAACAAUCAACCAGAACAUCGAACAUCGUAUACUUGCAUAAUCUUCUACAGAUGGUACACGCAGGACGGAAAAAAUCGUGGUCGCGUUAUGGCUCGAACGGUUGCUAAGACCUUGGAGGCCAUGGGAGUCACAGUAUGGCUUGACCAGCAGCAAAUGAGCAGACAAGCGACUCGAGAACAGGUUAUCGCUGGUAUACACAAAGCAUUUCAGCGUGUGCAAUAUGUGAUCAUUCUUGCCGCACCUGGAGAUUGGGAUCGCUUUGUGAAUGAGGACGACAUUCAUCGCUGGGAAUGGGAAAUUAGUUUGAAGAGCAGAAAGCCAGUUUGGGUACUGCAGUACGAAACGAUUUGUCCUCGACUUGACCUUCUUCAAACCAAUCUUGUCCACGAGCUGUUGCUGUUCAGUAACUUCCUUGCAGAUCUUGUUCUCAAAAGGAGCAUCGAGGUGCGCAGUAUAACGACGGAGAAUUUUUACGAUGUAUUGGAGGAAAUAACGAAGCGACCUUGUAUAAAAACAUUGUAA